AUGCUCAAGUCUCGGCUCCGCAUGUUCCUGAACGAGCUGAAGCUGCUGGUGCUGACGGGCGGGGGGCGGCCCCGGGCCGAGCCGCAGCCCCGGGGGGGCGGGGGAGGCGGCUGCGGCUGGGCGCCCUUCGCCGGCUGCUCUACCCGGGACGGCGACGGCGACGAGGAGGAGUACUACGGGUCGGAGCCGCGGGCCCGGGGCCUGGCGGGAGACAAGGAGCCGCGGGCCGGACCCCCGCCGCCUCCCGCGCCGCCGCUGCCGCCCCCGGGCGCGCUGGACGCCCUGUCGCUCAGCAGUAGCUUGGACAGCGGGCUCCGAACCCCCCAGUGCCGGAUCUGCUUCCAGGGCCCAGAGCAGGGGGAGCUCCUGAGCCCCUGCCGCUGCGACGGCUCGGUGCGCUGCACACACCAGCCCUGCCUCAUCCGCUGGAUCAGUGAGAGGGGUUCCUGGAGCUGUGAGCUCUGCUACUUCAAGUACCAGGUCCUGGCGAUCAGCACCAAGAACCCACUGCAGUGGCAGGCCAUCUCCUUGACAGUCAUCGAGAAGGUCCAGAUUGCUGCCAUAGUUCUGGGCUCACUCUUCCUUGUCGCCAGCAUCUCCUGGCUCAUCUGGUCCUCACUCAGUCCUUCAGCCAAGUGGCAACGGCAGGAUUUGCUCUUUCAGAUCUGCUACGGCAUGUAUGGCUUCAUGGAUGUCGUCUGCAUAGGCCUCAUUGUCCAUGAAGGCUCCUCUGUCUACCGCAUCUUCAAGCGCUGGCAGGCAGUGAACCAGCAGUGGAAGGUCCUGAAUUACGACAAGACCAAGGACAUAGGAGGAGAUGCAGGGGGAGGGACGGCAGGGAAGCCAGGCCCUAGGACCUCACGGACGGGCACCCCCUCCGGGGCCACCAGCCGCCCCCCAGCUGCCCAGCGCAUGCGGACGCUCUUGCCUCAGCGCUGUGGUUACACAAUCUUGCACCUCCUUGGACAACUACGGCCACCAGAUGCCCGUUCCAGCUCUCAUUCUGGCCGAGAGGUUGUCAUGAGGGUCACCACGGUCUGAACUUGGUACAGGAGCGGGGAUCUUGAGUCAAUGCAUCAGCUAGAGAUAAGCUGUCAUGGCUGCUGGAGGUACCAUCUGGACAAAGUGUUUGGGGUACACUGCUCCCACCACUGAGGAUCUCUGCAGGCAGCUUCAAGCUGGAGACAUUGUCUGGCCUCUACUGCCCACUGGGUAGAGUCACCUGGAUAACAUUCAGACCCCCACUGACAGCUCCUCACACUCAUCCUGAGACGGCCAGAAGGCAUGCAAGGAGAGCAACUUUUUUCCCUGGAGAGAACCAUCUUUACCUCAGCUCCUAGGGCCUCCAGCCCACCAGCUCCACCACGGUGACUUGGUGAAGGGGGACCAGUGCCAGAAGAAAGGGGCUGUAGACCCCCAUUCCCCAUCCCAUGGCCACGGGGCAUCUGGCAAUAAGACUAGUGUACAUUGACCUCCCGUUCCCUGCAUGAGGGCGGGGGACUUCUCCCUGCUCCACCCCCCCAUUGCAUGGGGGAAGGGCAUAAAGAAUCAUUUAUAUGCA